UCCAUCCUCACCAAUUCUUUCCCCUCCUCUUCCCUCUUAUUAGCAUUCCCAUAAUGUCGCAAACAGAUAGAAACGUGUCCCCCCGAGUUCUACACAUUCGUAGAUCCGAUGAAGCUGAAUCGUACGUCCUGCUCCGUGUUUCGCGCUCCGAUUCCACCGCGCUCGAAUUGAACAUCACCGCGACAGAGGGAGAAAGCCCGUAUACUACAACGCUACGACAGUCUCACCUCAAAAACUCCUGCUCCAAGAACUUCCAAGGAAGUGCCGAGGAAUGGAAGGAUAUAGUUCUCUAUGUCUUCGGUCUCCUCAAAGAACCGGCCAGGAAAUCCGAUCUCCUCGCUGGCAUUGAAAUCUCAGCUAGUAUAAAUGGAUCCGGAGAUGAAGACAAGGAGAUGGUUAUCACGGUGCGGAAAAGGAUACAAGCUAUUACUCAAAGAUUGGGCUCAAUUACUCUUUCGCAGGAUGACGAGCAAGCUAUUGAACUCUUUGAAUGGUCAAAUAUAGCCAUUUCAAGAGCAGAUGCCCUGGAAAAGAGCUUGGAUUCGUUGCUCGAUCGUUACCGUGCCGCCGAGGAGACCAUCAACUUGCUUAACAGACAGCUCGAGGAAUUCAUCACUUCAAAAAAUCAACAUGAGGAUCAACUCAUGGCUGAUUUCGUACGGCUAUUGAACGAAAAGAAGCUUAAGAUCCGAAACCAACAGCGCUUGCUAGCUUCCACAAAUGUAGAUCCUGAAAAACUUUCCGAGAUGGAAGAAACGACGACAACUAGCCGCCUCAAGCCGAAUGCGAAGAAAGGAUCAAAACGCUCUGCUGCAGCAAUUAACGAUAGCGAUUCGGAAAGCGAAGGCGGAUUCGAGAAAAUGGAAGUUGAUAAUGCCGCGCAGAAAGCUGCCGAUGGCGACGAGGACGAGACAGAUGAUGAUGACGAUGGAAGAUUGACGCCGCAGCCGCUGGAAGAUGAUGAUAACACUACCUCUGACGAAGAAGGGUUUGGCUCACCGGUUGAGGCCCCAAAGGGAGACAAACCGGGACGACAGGAAGUAUCAAGUCGCGUUGAAGCAAAGUCUCCACCACCACGAAGGGAGCUGCCUUUUAUUAACAGAAAGGCGCAGAAAGUGCACAAAGAUGCGUCUUUACAGCCGCCCCGGAUUGAACGAGAUGCAGAUGAAACUGGAGGAGAGACGGAUGAUGAUGAAUUAUAGCGCUCCGCUCUUAGCUGUACUGACUGAAAUAGUAAAAUACUACCCUUUAAGCUGUGACCCUUUUCUAGUUUAUUCCCCAAUGCAUGAGCACAAUGUUAAAUUUGGAGGUGUCAUGGAUGCUUAGUUAAUAGGUGCGACUUGAAUAUAGACCUUUUCAAGGGGAAAUAUGUUCAACAUGCCGUCU